GUGGGGUUCAGGGAUGUGGUGAAACGGCCGUUCCGCUUGGAGCCAGUUCCUGCCUGAUAGGAGACCAGCUGGGGAGCCUGGCCUUUCCUCUGCUGGUACCAGAACAGAUAUGGAGGCAUCGAUGUCUGCCAAGUGGACUUUGGCUUCACCUGGAGGAUGGUGCAGGAAGAGAUGUCACCUGGAUCAUUUCCUUUGGCUGAGCCGAUGGACCUGGACAUAUGGGAGGACAUGGAAAAUGGGACGAGUGUGGAAGAGUUCAUCCUUCUUGGCUUCCCAGGCACGUGGCAUUUCCGGGUCUGCCUUGUGGUGCUAUUUGCCCUGAUCUACUCCCUGACAAUAAUGGGCAACACAUCCAUCAUAGCCCUCGUGUGGACAACCCGGAAACUCCAGACGCCAAUGUACUUUUUCCUCUGCAAUCUCUCCUUUCUGGAGAUCUGGUACACUACGGGCGUUGUUCCCAAAGCCAUAGGAGUCCUGCUGGGAACAAGCCAGACCAUCUCCUUCCGUGUCUGCAUCCUCCAGUUAUUCUUUUUUUUCUCCCUGGGCUCCACUGAGUGUUUUCUCCUGUCUGUCAUGGCCUAUGACCGCUACUUAGCCGUGUGCUGCCCCCUGAGGUACAGCUCCCUCAUGAGCAGGGGCCUCUCUGCUCGCCUGGUGCUCGGCUCCUGGCUGGGAGGCUUUCUGGCCAUCUCCCUGCUGGCCUUCCUGACCUCCAGGCUGACGUUCUGUGGGCCGGAUGUCAUCAAUCAUUUUCUCUGUGAUAUCGAUUCCUGCCUCGCCCUCUCUUGCAGUGACACGUGGCUCCUGGAGCUGGCAAGCUUCCUAGUCUCCAUCGUUGUUGUGGUGGCCUCCUGUGUGGGCACCCUGGUCUCCUACGCGUUCAUCAUCUCUUCCAUCCUGAGAAUCCAGUCAGCCCAUGGCCGCAAAAAGGCCUUUUCCACUUGCUCUGCCCAUCUCGGUGUCGUCACGAUCUGGUACGGCUCCAGCGUCUUCCUGUAUGUCAAGCCAUCAGCCCACAACUCCCUGGAGCGGAACAAACUCGUCAAUACCUUCAACACAGUUAUAACUCCUCUGUUGAACCCCUUCAUUUACACACUCAGGAACAGAGAAGUGAAGGAAGCUCUGGGGCGCGCUUUCCAGAGAAAGUGAAGUGGCUUUGCAAGGGCCUCAGUGGGAGCAGAGAGAUUCACCCCAUCCCACCCAUCCCCGCUGCCCUGCACAAUCUCUCACCAAAGCGCAAGCGCCCCUGGGCAUCACAGGGCAUGAGAAGCCACCAGUUCCCCCGGCGCUCCUCUCACCCACCUUACAGCCCUCUUAGGUGGGGCUGAACUCCAAUUCUCAAUCCCCCCUUCCCUCUCUUUGCUCCUGGGUAAACUCCAAAUGUCUCACAAUGUUCAAAAGAGCAGCGCUUGGGAAGGGUCACCAACCCCCCCAGGAAGGGUUCUCCAAGCAGACACGGGAGCAGUGGUUCCUCCCUUGGGUUUGUGUUCCACUUUGCUCAGCGCUUCACUUUGUCAGGGAUUCACCUGAAUUGCCAGAGCGAUCCCAGCAGCUGCCCCACUGCUUUAGGAAAGGGCCUGGGUUGCUCUGCUCACUCUGACCUUUUCGCGGUGCAGCCGUGCCGUGUUCUUCUGGCAGUUUCACCAAAUCCUGCUCUGGUUCCAGGUAGAACUGGCAAUGUCUGGCACCUCUCCCUUUGGCUGUUAUUCCCAGCAUAAGACACUCAA